AUUUUCCACACAACAAAUCACUCUGUGAGAAACCGUAUCACGGGUCAAUUACCUUCGGGUCCUCCGCCAUGAACGGUACCAACACGCUUGACCUCCCAACUUUGAAGGUGAUCUCCGCCGUCGGACGCGGCGCCAAGGGCGUUGUUUUCCUCGCGAGAACAUGCAGCGGGGCCGCGUCGUCGAACGGGGACGACUGGCUGGCCUUGAAAGUGAUAUCCAAAGAACUGCUUCAGAAGAAGAAUAGGAACAACCACCGCGAGUGCAAGAGGGUCUCGUUUGAGCAGCGAAUACUACGUCGUUUCGACCACCCUCUGUUGCCGCGGCUGCGUGGGGUUUUCGAGACCAAGAACCUCACAGGCUUCGCCAUCGACUAUUGCCAUGGUGGGAAUCUGCAUUCUCUCCGGAAGAAGCAAUCUCAGAACAUGUUCUCCGAAGAAACCAUAAGGUUUUACGCUGUUGAAUUGGUCCUGGCGUUGGAGUAUUUGCACAAUUUUGGAGUGGUGUACAGAGAUUUGAAGCCUGAGAACAUCAUGAUCCAAGAAACCGGUCACAUAAUGCUGGUGGAUUUCGACCUCUCCAAGAAGCUGAACCCAAGAUCACCGAACGCGCUGAGUUGCAACUCGUCCCCGGGUUCUGACUCGUCCGGGGAGGGAUCAGAUCGUCGUCCGAGGAGGAGACGCUUCUCGCGGCUCUCCUGUUACUGUAACUCAGGGAUACCGUCGCAUGAGUUGGUGAGUCAACUCAAUGCCAACUCGGCACGCCGGAGCGAGUCAGACUCGGUGGAGAAGUCCAACUCGUUUGUCGGAACGGAGGAUUACGUGGCACCGGAGGUUAUUUCGGGAGGAGGACACAGAUUUGGAGUUGAUUGGUGGUCAUUCGGCGUCGUUUUGUAUGAGAUGUUGUACGGAACGACGCCGUUUAGGGGCUCAAAUAGAAAAGAAACUUUCGAUAGGAUUUUGACGGUGGAGCCUGAUUUGAGCGGCGAAACGACGCCGUUGAGGGACUUGAUUAGGAAGUUGCUUGAGAAGAAUCCUGACCGUAGGAUUGAGCUUGAUGAAAUAAAGGGCCACGAUUUCUUCAAAGGUGUGAAGUGGGACACGGUCUUGCAUAUAGCGCGCCCACCGCACAUUCCUCAGAAUGAUGUUGAGGACAAGGCGGGGUAUUCGACAAAAGAUGUGGAGUUGUUUGUCCAUAAGAUAUUUUUCACGAAAAAGAAAAAUAGUUUUGAUGGAGAAGAAAAUAAUGAGCCUGUAAAAAAGAAGGAUGAAGGGGAAAAUUACAACAAUAAUAAUCACAGUUGUAAGAAGAAUGUGUGGGUUCAGAUGUUGUCUCAAAAUCCCACUAAAGACGAAAACUUUUUAAUUUUUUGAUUGGAUUAUUUAAUUUUUUUUAUUCUCCUACAUGUAACUUCUAGAUGUAAUUAUUUUGAAAUUA